CUGCAGAUUACAAUGCUCCAAAGCCGGGAUCUCAUCUGGACUUUGCUUCUCCUUGGGACCGCAGUCUCUCUCCAGGUGAACAUUAUUCCAAAUAAGGUGGAAGUUGCUGUUGGAGAGUCCAAAUUCUUUGUUUGUGAAGUAAUUGGGGAUGCCAAACGCAAAGACAUUUCCUGGUUCGCCCCCAAUGGCGAGAAGCUAGUGACAAACCAGCAGCGCAUCACGGUGGCGCAGAAUGGAGACUCCGAGUCCACCCUCACCAUCUACAACGUGGACAUAGAUGACGCCGGCAUCUACAAGUGUGUGGCCUCCAGCGAGGAGGGAGAGGCCGAGGCCACACUCAAUGUGAAGAUCUUCCAGAAACUAACCUUCAGGAAUGCCCCCAGCCCGCAGGAGUUCAAAGAAGGCGAGGACGCGGUCAUUGUGUGUGAUGUAGUCUCCUCCCUGCCCCCCAGCAUCAUGUGGAAGCACUUGGGACGGGACGUCGUCCUGAAGAAAGAUGUCCGGUUUGUUGUCCUAUCCAACAAUUACCUACAGAUCAGAGGGAUAAAGAAAACAGACGAGGGCAUGUACCGCUGUGAAGGGAGAAUUCUAGCACGUGGGGAGGUGGACUUCAGGGAGAUCCGGGUCAUUGUUAACGUGCCUCCCACCGUUCACACCAGGCAGAGCACUGUGAAUGCCACGGCAAAUCUCGGCCAGUCGGUCACAUUGGUGUGUGAAGCAGACGGCUUUCCAGAGCCAACCAUCAGCUGGACAAAGGACGGGGAGUCGAUAGAACGAGGGGAAGAUGAUGAAAAAUACGGGUUUAGUUAUGACGGCUCAGAGCUGACAAUCCACAGGGUGGAGAAGAACGAUGAGGCAGAGUAUAUCUGCAUUGCCGAAAACAAAGCUGGAGAGCACGACGCCACCAUUCAUCUCAAAGUCUUUGCCAAACCCAAGAUCACCUAUGUGGAGAACAAAACCGCCAUGGAACUGGAAGAUCAGAUCACCCUAACCUGCGAGGCCUCCGGGGACCCCAUCCCUUCCAUCACUUGGAGGACCUCCACUCGGAACAUCAGCAACGAAGAGAAGGCUUCAUGGACUCGGCCCGAGAAACAAGAGACCCAGGAUGGGCGCAUCGUGGUGCGCAGCCACGCGCGGGUGUCUUCUUUGACACUAAAGGACAUUCAGUACACGGAUGCUGGGGAGUACAUCUGUAUUGCGAGCAACACCAUCGGGCAGGAUUCCCAAGCCAUGUACCUGGAAGUUCAGUAUGCCCCAAAGUUGCAGGGCCCUGUCGCAGUUUACACCUGGGAAGGCAACCAGGUAAACAUCACCUGCGAGGUGUUUGCUUACCCCAGUGCCGUCAUCUCGUGGUUCCGGGAUGGGCAGCUGCUCCCCAGCUCCAACUACAGCAACAUCAGGAUCUAUAAUACGCCGACUGCCAGUUACCUGGAGGUGACCCCGGAUUCAGAGAAUGAUUUUGGGAACUACAACUGCACAGCGGUCAACCGGAUUGGCCAGGAGUCCUCAGAAUUCAUUCUUGUUCAAGCAGAUACCCCCUCUGCACCUUCCAUUGACAGAGUGGAGCCCUACUCCAGCACAGCUCAAAUUGAGUUUGACGAACCAGAGGCCACGGGUGGGGUGCCCAUCCUCCGGUACAGGGCAGAGUGGAAAGCCCUGGGUGAGGAAGACUGGCACGGCAAGGUGUACGACGCCAAGGAAGCCAACAUGGAAGGCAUAAUCACUGUCGUGGGCCUGAAGCCAGAGACCACCUAUGCAAUCCGACUGUCUGCUGUCAAUGGUAAAGGCGUGGGUGAGAUCAGCACCAUCUCGGAAUUCAAGACACAACCAGUUCGGGAACCGAGCGCGCCCAAGUUGGAAGGGCAGGUGGGAGAAGACGGAAACUCCAUCAAAGUGAACCUUAUCAAGCAAGAUGACGGAGGAUCCCCCAUCCGGCAUUAUCUCAUCAAAUACAGAGUUAAGCACUCCUCAGACUGGAAGCCUGAGAUACGGCUCCCUUCUGGCAGCGACCACGUCAUGCUCAAGUCGCUCGACUGGAACUCUGAAUAUGAAGUCUUCGUGAUUGCGGAGAACCAGCAAGGGAAGUCCAAGCCUGCCCAUUAUGCCUUCAGGACUUCAGCUCAGCCGACCAUCAUCCCAGCCAGCACCAGCCCUACGUCAGGACUGGGCACCGCCGCCAUCGUGGGCAUCCUCAUCGUCAUCUUCGUUGUCCUGCUGGUGGCCGUGGACAUCACCUGCUACUUCCUAAACAAAUGUGGCCUUUUGAUGUGCAUCGCUGUCAACCUGUGUGGCAAGUCUGGCCCCGGAGCCAAGGGCAAGGACAUGGAAGAGGGCAAAGCGGCUUUCUCGAAGGAUGAAUCCAAAGAGCCAAUUGUGGAGGUGCGGACAGAGGAGGAACGGACCCCAAACCACGAUGGAGGAAAGCACACGGAGCCCAACGAAACCACACCACUGACAGAGCCUGAGCACCCUGCCGAUACAGCGGCCACCACUGAGGACAUGUUGCCAUCUGUCACCACCGUCACCACUAACUCUGACACCAUCACCGAAACUUUUGCCACAGCUCAGAACAGCCCCACCAGCGAGACCACGACCCUCACUUCAAGCAUCACGCUGCCUGCCACGCCCAUGCCUGACUCCAAUUCUGUGGCACCCAAUCAGGGUACUCCUAAAGCCACGGUGGCGUCUUCGCCGCCGCCCACCUCCACUCCCAAAGUCGCCCCACUCGUUGACCUCAGCGACACCCCGGCUUCCACUCCUGCCGCCGCCAACUUGUCGUCAAGUGUCCUGACCAGCCAAGGGACGGUGCUGAGUCCCAGCCCCCCCGCUCAAGCCCCAGAAGCGUCCAAGGCUCCCGCGGCUUCUAGCAAAUCCCCCGCCCCGCAACCCCCCAAUCCUGCAAGCCCUCCAGCCUCAUCCGAGCCAAAGAAGGAGGCCUCCGCCAUCAAAAGCCCAGGAAAGGAAGCCACACCACCGAGCGCGAUGAAGAGUCCAGCAGAGGCUGCCAAGAGCGCAGCAAACCAGAAGAGUGAGCCAGCCAUAGGGGGUGCCACGAAUCCCACACAGAACGAGGACUUUAAAAUGGACGAAGGGACCUUCAAGACCCCAGACAUUGAUCUUGCCAAGGAUGUUUUUGCUGCUCUGGGCACGGCGGCUUCCACCCCUGGGGCCGGAGGCCAAGCGGCGUCUCCCACACCGGAAAGUUCCGCCUCGCCAGCACCUGCAAAGACAGAGAAAACCCCUGUAGAAGAAAAGCCCGCAGUUCAAGCCACAGAAGCCAAGACAGCCCCUGCGGAAGUCAAGACGGUGCCCAACGAAGCCACGCAAACAAAUGAAAACGAAAGCAAAGCAUGAUGGGCGAGCGAGCCAAAACAAAACACAAUAAAAAAAAUUGAAAGAACAACUUCACCUGAGCAUUUACAACACUACACGCAUCUCACCCCUCUAGUGUCUUUGCCUUUUUUUAAAAAGAGAACAGACAAAAAUGCAUACAUAGGGGGAAAUGUUUUCUUUUGUAGGUUUGUAGGAAAAAUUUUUUAUUUCUUGUGCACUUGCUUUUAAAAAAAUAUAAUACUU